GGUGGAUUUGUGGCUAGCUUUGCGUGUUACAGAAACCGAGACACGGUGGUUCGUAAACCACGUGUUGUGCGCACCCAGCCAAUUAUGGUGUAUUCAAUAAACCAUAGUUAAGCCAAUGAUUGGCAGCAUAACACAGCUGGUCUGUUGUGAUCUGCAGGGGCUCCUGAGGAACUGUUCUUGUUCAGCCUUCCUGACAGAAGAACUUUAGCAGUGGCGAGCCUGAGAUGUUGCACAUACCAAGUCCGUCCUCCACUGAACGCUCUGGCAUUCCUCUUUUGCCACCACAGAGACUAAAAGCUCAGUGUUCAAAGGCUGUGGCAGACCAUCUUGCAUCAAGGGCUCAAGGCAAAUGCGUGUGACCUUUCCUUUCUGUUUUGUUUAUUCGCACCAUUUAGGCAAGUGGGAUGUGACACUGUCAGCUACUCCUGUCUCCCACAUAUCUGAUACUCCUGAGUCAGGUGUUACUCAUUUCAGUUGGGAAGUUCGCCUCUACCAUUUGCAUGAAGCCAGUUCCAGUGUCCUACCGUAUUUAUUUUUCCUUCUCUUCCUGAAGGGACCGGAAGAAAGGCAGGAACCCCACCAGCCCUCAGCACCAGCUCAGGACCACCAACUCCCGUAUGCCAAGCUUCCCAAAAGAUGCUGAGUCCCCUCCAGAAGUGUGGCUCCGAAGGUUGCCUCCUAGAUUGUGACUUUCUGCCAUGGCACCGGAGCAACCUUCGAAGGCAGCACCAGAGCUGUGAGGAUCCGGAGCCGAGGGACGACUGUGAAAGGCAGGAGAAACCUCCCACCCCCAGCAUUCGCUUAGAUGACACCGAGGUGGUCAGCUGCCUUCAGCUCCCGCUCCAAGAUCCGGGAGGGGUGUGGCGCUCUCGGAGCGAGGGACGUUUGGAUCAACAAGGGGCACCAUGCCCAGGGGAAACUGAGGAGGGGGACAAAACAGGAAGUGGGUGGAGCUUGCCGUCCCCCAAAUCUUUGAGGAAAGAGCGACACCUGGGAGAGAAAGUGGCAGCAGCAAAGCAACACUUGAGGAAUUUCUUUGGAGGAUCAAAUAAAUCACUAGCCUCCAGUGUGGAAUCAGACUUAGGGUCAGACUGUGACGGCAGGCACCAGAACACGCGGCCAAGGCAAAAACGCGAGCGAAGGAAGAAUAAGAGAAACUUCCUAAGGUUAUGGAGCUCAGGAAAUCAGGACCUCCAAUCACUAAGGCCAACUCCUGAGGAAGCCCAAGAGUGGGCAGAAUCUUUGGAAAAGUUGCUACUACACCCAUACGGUCGGGCGGCCUUUCAUGCUUUCUUGAAAUCGGAAUUCAGUGAAGAGAACCUGGACUUCUGGAUGGCAUGUGAAGAUUAUCGAAAGCUCCGGGGGUGUGACAAACUCCAGGACAGUGCAAAAAAAAUUUAUGACCAAUAUAUCACCAUCCAAGCUCCAAAAGAGGUGAACCUUGAUUCCCAGACCAGAGAUGUCACCAAUCGGAACAUUUUGCUCCCCACCCGGUCUUGCUUUGACCAGGCCCAGAAGAGGAUCUUCGGGCUGAUGGAGAAAGACUCGUAUCCUAGAUUCCUCCGUUCUUUUGUCUAUCAAGAUCUGGCACAGCCCGGUGGACAGCAGCCGAAUGGCCCCUUGUAAACCUGCUGUAUUUGUCCUUCCUCCUCUUUUGAAGCCAGCCUAGCAAAGGAGAAACCCUGGAAAUUGCUUUGCUUUUUAGGAUGUUGACGAGCCAAUGAAGUUUGGGAGAAGUGGACUGCUAUUGUCCUAUUGUGUUGAGAUGGUGAAACUGUCCCGUUCAUAAACAUUAUGGUGGAUAAAAGAGAUAGUGGAAAGCUGGA